AUGCAAAAACCAGAAUAAGUCAUGCAAGAUUUCGCUAAUUUAUUGGAUAAAUGUAUUGUUGCUAAUAAAUGUCAAAGAUAGGAAUGAUCCUGAAGCGUGGUCUCAAAUCUACAAGGUCAUUAAUUACAAGCCAACUCAAAAUAUACCAAAGGGUUAAUCGUUAGACCCUGAAAAAAUAAGGGAAUUCUUGAGACUCGGUAAACCUGGCGCUCAGGACUUCGACCCAUAUGAUGACAUGAUAUAUUUCGAUGACAAUAAGGUUAAAGAAAUAGUUUUGAGACAAAAUUUCCUUAUUGCAAAAGGUUUAUACGUUUUUUCAAUUAAAAGGUUACUUUGACCCCAAGGCUUACUUUCCCUCAAUCAAUUUAAGUAGUUUAGAUGACACCUCUUUCGAUGAGAAAAUUAAAGGUAAUGAUUAUUGCAAAUAUAAUUAAGAAAUGCUCAAAAUACCUGAUUAAAUGGAGAAGAAAAAUUGAAAUUUAUAUCAAAAUUAAGUCUAUUUUAAAC